AUAAUUUGUUUAUCUAAUAGUUGUUACAUUUUUAUAAGUAUUAUUAAUCUUUUACAUGUAAAAGUACCAUAAUUCCUAUAGAAAUGGGUCAUCAAUAUCAGAAAAUCUUCGUCACGGUCGGCACAACAAGGUUCGACUUACUCUGCGAAUAUAUUCAAUCUCCUCUAAUUUUGAAAGCUUUACAGAAGCUCGGGUGCAAGGAAAUAACUAUGCAAAUCGGUAAUAGUGACAUUGAGCCUGGGACAUACGAGCUAGAAGGUGUAAAACAGUGCCUUUAUAGAUUCAAAGAUAGUAUAGAAGAUGACAUAAGAACUGCCGAUUUAGUUAUAAGUCACGCUGGUGCUGGAAGCUGUUUAGAGGUUUUAGACGCUAACAAACCUCUGUUGGUCGUAGUGAAUGAAGAUCUAAUGGAUAAUCAUCAGCUUGAGCUAGCCGAGCAACUUCAAGUGGACGGUCAUCUUUACUACUGCACAUGUGAUACUUUAGAAAGCACAUUGGACAUGGUUGAUUUUAGUCUACUUACAUCAUUCCCUAAGCCUGAUCCCUCACAUUUUAUUAAGUUCAUGGAUAAUGUGUUUCAAAUAAAGUGUAAAGAUACUUGAAGUUUUCUUCUUCUCUAAUUUCUAGCUCUAAUUUCACCAAAAAGGCAAAAGCAUAAGUAAUAUUGCAAACAUAAAGUUACUAUGAUUGUUCUUCAUUCAUUUAUAACUGGAUUAAAGGAGAUAGUAAUAGAAAUAAUCAAAAUAGUUGUUUGUGAUGUUGUGCAAGUGUAAGAAUUCAAUUGUAUAAUAUGUAUUUUGUUUGU